AACUCUCUCUCUCGUCACGUUUCUUUUCUCUGGCGUCUCCUCCUUCCCGCCACUUCGUCGGCCACCGGAGGCAAAUCAUGCCGGUACUAAGGUCUCGCGAAAUAACUUCCGUCCCGGCCAAAUCCUCCCCCAAAACCCGCAAAACCCGCAAAACCCGGGCGAAGGUCGACCCACCCACCACUCCCGCCCGAACCCAUGAAUCCACCACUGAUCUAUCGACUCCUCCUUCGCUCUCCCAGAACCCGGAGGCUUCCGGGACAGAAACCGUUAAUGCAGCGGCCACCCGACGGAGCCUCCGUCUUGCCUCGAAAUCGGGCUCUAGUGAGGAUGGAGUUAGGGUUUUGGAGGACAAGAAAGGGAAUAAAAGGAAACUGGGCGCGGCUGUUGAUUUGUCAGGAGUUAAGGACGGGCAGUCAGGGAAGACGAUUGCGAAGAGGAGAUUGGAGGAUGAGGUGGAAUUGGGUUUUGAUGCGGAAUCAAAGAAAAUGGUAAGCAGUAUGGUGCAGACUGAUUGUUCUGAGGGAGAAAAUAAUAAGAAAGUGAAGGAGGUUUCAAUGGAAGAGGCUGUUGUGGCUGAGAAAUUGGAGAGAGACCAGAGUGAGAAUGAGAGUAGGAGGCGUGCUAGAGAGGAAAAAGGGAAGAUGAAAUUGGAAGGGGCAGUUACUCCUGGUAAAUUGGAGAGAAACCAGAGUGAGAAUGAGAGAAGGAGGAGUACUAGGGAGGAAAAAGGGAAGGCGAAAUUGGAAGAGGCUGUUGCUUCCGAUAAAUUGGAGAGGCAAAAGAAUGUGAAGGAGAGCAGAUUCAGCAGAGAGGAGAAAGGGAAGGCGAAACUGAUGGAUGAUGGCUUGGUUUCAAGUGUUGAAGUGGAAAUGGUUUGGGAAUCUGAAGUGAAGAGUUCAGUUGAUCAUGCUGUUUUGGGUGAUAUCCUUUCAUUUGAGAGUGUAGCUGUGACGAAUGAAGGGCUUGAUAGGGGGACAGAUAAUGCGGGGAAGAGGUCCAGAAUGGAACAGUUCCGAGAUAUAGCUAGGCAGAAUGCUUCUCGAUUUGCUUAUUUUGAGCCUGAAGUGGAAAUGAAUAACCAUGUGUCUCUUGAGCCUCAAAGGAAUGUGCCCUUGGAAGAAGAACCGAAGCAGGAUGUUGAAGAUUGGCCUGGACCCUUUUCUACUGCCAUGAAGAUUAUCAGGGAUCGAGCAGAGAAGCUGAAUUUGCAACAGAGGACCUCCUCUUCUGGAAAAGGAAGACCCGUAUCAAUUUUGUGGUCUCCUAAAUUGGGUCAGGGUCGGGACAAGUUGAAGCGAGUCCCUCCUUCACUACAAGCUCUAUGUACUAGGAUUUUGGUGAAUAAUGCUGAUGCAAUCACAUCACUUGAACAUGUACCUGAUGCUCUUAGGCAUAAGCUUAGUCAGCAUCUCUGUGACUCUCGGAAAAUGAACUAUCAUUUUGUGGAGCUCCUUGUCAGUGGAUCACCUACAGAAAUCCGCCUGAAGGAUUGUUCACGGUUAUCAGAGGAAGAAUUUACCAGUUGUUUGGGAGGCUGUGACACCAACAAUCUGACGGUUCUGCAGCUUGAUCAUUGUGGAGGCUGUUUGUCAGAUUAUACUUUAAAUAGUACCAUAGCUCAGUCAUCAAAUAGGUUGCCAGCAUUGUGUAAUUUAUCUCUGGUUGGUGCAUAUCGCCUUACAGACAUUGGGCUAAGUGCCCUUGUUUCUUCUGCCCCUGCACUAAGGUCUAUAAAUCUAAACAUGUGCUCCUUUGUUACUGCCACUGGCAUUGACACUAUUGCUUCAUCAUUGGGAUCACUUCUACGGGAACUGUAUAUUGAUCAUUGUGAAAAUAUUGAUUCCAUGCUGAUGCUGCCAGCCCUAAAGAAGAUAGAGCAUUUGGAAGUUUUGUCAAUAGCACACAAUGAAAGCGUUUGUGAUGAUUUUAUUUGUGAAUUUAUCACUACACAGGGCAAAAAUAUUAAAGAGCUCAUUUUGAAUGACUGUCGGAACUUAACUGAUUCUUCCUUGAAAUCCAUUGCGGAAAACUGUUCAGCUUUAUGUGCACUGGAUCUUGGUUGCUUGUCCAAACUGACAGACUCUGCUUUGGGGUAUCUUGCAAAUGGUUGUCGAGCAAUACAGACAUUAAAACUCUGCCGCAAUGCAUUCAGUUGAUUUAGUGUGGUUCAUAUUGUGGUUCUAUUGUUCAAGAAUCAAAAGUAACUACCUCUCCUAUAACUAUAGGCAUUCAUGUAGCUAAGAGUUUCAAUUUUUGUUUACAGUGUUGAUUGAAUAAUAUAAAAAAAAAAUGGGAGAAAAACUAUAGUUGAUGUGUGGAAUGAGUUCAACUGAUGCUGUGGAGAAGCCCAGCCUUUCUGUCCAUAGACUUGUCCAUGUAGUGGAUAUGGGCUAGUUAUAUUUUUAGCAUAGGCAGUACUCUCUACUCUAAUAGUCUAAUGGCUUCUUUAGAUUGUUGGGGGCUUAUAUUUCCCAGAAUUUUUAGAUUAAAUGCAUUCUUUUUUCUUUAGCUGAGUUAGUAUGUCUUAAAUUUGCCAUCCUUCUAUUGUCUUACAUUUGACAUCCUUUCCAUUGUAUAAAUGUUGAUUGUAUGGGCAGUUUGCAUGGCAAAUUAAGUUGAUGUUUUACCCACUUUAUUUUAUUUUCCUUUACUUGUUUCUUUUACUUAUUUUACAUGGCAGUGAUGAGGCUAUAGCUGCAUACCUGGAAACAUCAGGGGAGCCUUUAAAAGAGCUGUCACUAAAUGGUGUCAAGAAGGUUGGUCUGAAUACAGCUGUAUCACUCUCAAAACAUUCAAGAAAUUUGAUUACACUGAACCUAUCUUUCUGCCGGGAUUUGAUUGACGAGGCUUUGGGUUUGAUUGUGGAUGGCUGUUUAUCUUUGAGAAUGCUUAUUAUCUUUGGAUGCACUCAGAUUACAAAUGUUUUUCUAGAUGGCCAUUCAAAUUCGGAGGUACACAUCAUUGGUUUGAAGUUUUCUCCUAUCUUUGAACAUCUUAAAGUGUCUGAUCCCCUAGAAGGUCCAUUACGUUAUUCGUCAGUAUCCUGUCAGACAUGAUUUUACCAUGAAAUUACUGGCUGUACGUCAUGCUGUUUUUGCAUCUAACUUGGCAAUGUCAAAGGAAUGCUGCAGCCUCUGGUUUUUGCUUAUAUCAAAUGUUACUCUUUUUCUUCUUUAUCAGCUCUCACUUUUUAUACAUGGCAUGAAGUUCUAUAAAUGGAGAUGAUAAGU